AGUAAUCAUGUUGAUGCAAGUGUAGAAGAAAUAUCACUUUCCAAUUUCAUUGCUCUCUGUUUGCAAUUUCACUUUGUUUUGUUUGUUGGGAUAACAAGAAAUCAAUCUUAACUAAAGGAGGAGCGAGUGUUCUUAUCCUGAGGGUUUGCUUCGCAGUUGUUCUAUAGUUUGUUCUGCUUCUUAGCAAAUUUUCAAGGGAAAAAAUGGAUUGUCUUUUUGCCUUUGUGGGAUCUCUUGCUGGCAAAGCUGUUGAGUACGCUGUCGAGCCCACUGCACGACAACUUAGUUACUUAGUCAAGCCCAGGAGCAAGUUUCAGAACCUCCGGGGAAAAGUUAAAGACCUAAAGGAGGCAAGACAAAGGAUGCAACAAUCUGUUGAAGAGGCUAACAGGAAGGGGGAGGUGAUUUUUGACGACGUUCAAAGUUGGUUGGAAGCGGUGAAUGAGAAGAUCUCCAAGCUGGAUUCAACGCAGACAGAGGCCAAUGAGAAGAUCUCCAAGCUGGAAGCAACGCAGACAAAGGCCAAUGAGAAGAUCUCCGAGGAUGCUGCAACACAAUUGCAAAAGGAUGAAGAGAAUGCAACCAAGUGUUUCGUGGGCUUUUGCCCUAAUUUCAAGUCUCGUUAUCAACUUAGCAGGAAAGCGGACAAGGAGGCCAGCGACAUAACUCAACUCCUGGCUAAAAAGGAAGCAUUUAAGGAGGUUUCCUACCGUCCUGCAAUUGAAGCGAUAGACACUAUCAGACCUGACGAAUUGUACGAGGCCUUCGAAUCAAGAAGCGGUGCUUUCGAUGAGGUCAUGACUGCAUUGGAAGAUGAUAGAGUCAGCAUAAUCGGAGUGUACGGUAUGGGGGGUGUGGGUAAAACCACACUCGUCAAAGAGGUCGCCGGACGAGCCAAGGUGAAACUGUCGUUCGAUGAGGUGGUGUUGGUUACAAUAAAACAAGAACCAAACGAGAUGAAUAUCCAGAAGGAGAUUGCUGAGAAGCUAGGCAUGACAAUCAGCGAGAAAAACAUAGAUAAGAGAGCCGCUCGACUUCGUGCAAGACUAGAGAAGGUGAACAGGGUUCUUGUUAUUUUGGACGAUAUUUGGGACUUCCUGGAUAUCAGGGAACUCGGAAUUCCUUCAGCAGUCCAACACAAGGGAUGCAAGAUCUUAAUAACUUCAAGGAAGCUAGUUGUAUUGAAGUUGAUGGGUUCUCAAAAAAGCCUUCCAAUUGAUGUGCUGAAAGAAGACGAAGCAUGGAAUCUGUUUAUGAACGUGGCUGCUCCUAUUGCUGAAAGAUCUGAUGUGCAAUCUACAGCAAUGAAAGUCGCCCAAAAAUGUGCAGGAUUGCCGCUCGCUAUUACAACAGUUGCAAAGGCUUUGAAACAUAAGGAGAAUUUGUAUGAAUGGGAGGAUGCUCUGGAGCGGCUAAAACCCUCUGAAAUAAACUACAGGGGGAUAUCUGGUGCUGUGUAUUCAGCUCUAGAGAUGAGCUAUACAUACUUGGAAUCGGAAGAACAUAAAUACACAUUCUUGCUCUGCAGUAUAAUGGGCCAUGAUGCUGUCAUCGAAGACUUGCUGAAAUAUUGUAGAGGCUUAAGCAAUGAUUCAAGCAACAAAAAAAAAUAUAUUGUAGCGGCUUGCGUUUAUUUCAUGGCCUUGACACGAUGGAAAAAGUGCGGAACAGAGUGUUGACACUGGUUAGCGAGCUCAAAACUCUUCUCUUUACUUGCAGGUUCCACCCCUGAACGCUUUGACAUGCAUGAUGUUGUUCGCGAUGUUGCCAUUUCAAUUGCUUCUAGGGACCUUCGUUGGCUUGCUUUAGGAGAGGAAGAUGCAUUUGAAGAGUGGGAGGAUACAAUGAGAAACUCUCAUCUUGUUAGCUUAAAAUAUGCUAAGGUUAGUCAGCUCCCGGAUGAGUUGGAAUGUCCAAACCUUACAUUUUUCUCCAUGCAUGGCUCUGUGGAAGUUCCCGAUAACUUUU